AUGGCAUUCUCCGGUGCGUUGACCUUGACGGAUCUCAACGACUACCUCGGCCCAUCUCAGGCGUGCAUCAAACCAGUCGAAGGCGCCGAUGCCCCAUCACAAGAUCAGCCUGGAACAUCCGAACAGACCCUCGACCCAGCUGCAUCAGCCUCCACACAGAUCGCGAUCGAUCACGAUGGCUCUUACUACGAGUCAUCGGCAGCGCCACCGUUGUCUUCGUCAGCAACCGCCGACAAGCCUCGUCAACGCACAAAGCUCGAAACCGCAGAGAUAUCGCUCAACGACUGUUUGGCGUGCAGCGGCUGCGUGACGAGUGCAGAGAGCGUCCUCAUCACAAUGCAGAGUCAGGAUGAAAUGCGGAGAGCCAUCGCAGAGAUCAACGACUCGAACGCACCGAACAAGCUCCUCGUCGCCUCCAUCAGCACACAAUCGCUCGCGUCUCUCUCCGCAAAGUAUGCUUUCCAGCAACAGCAGCAGCAGCCUCAGCAGUCGAAAGCAACAACAUCAUCAAUACCAUCGACGUCGUCUGCGUCCAGUAUCCCGCUCCGAGUAUUGCUCCAUCGCAUCUCAUACUUUCUCGAAACCGUCUUUGGCUUUCAUCACGUCUACGAUACCACCUUCGCUCGCCACAUUGCUCUCAAGGAGCACCAGCGUGAGUUCUUCGAGCGCCGCGACAACACCCGCAGACGCGCUCACAACGACGACCCAUCGCAAGGAUCAAGCCUGCCCAUGCUCGCCAGCGCCUGUCCAGGUUGGAUCUGUUACGCCGAAAAGACCCAUGGCGAGCUGCUACCCUACAUCUCCACCACAAAGUCGCCGCAGCAGGUCGCUGGCGUCAUCGCAAAGCGCUUUCUUCCACAGAGGCUAGGCCUGCUCAGUACGUCGUCUUCCGAUCAGUCUACCAUCUACCACGUCACCGUCAUGCCGUGUUACGACAAGAAGCUAGAAGCAUCUCGACCCGACUUUUACGACGACGUCACCAGCACAAAGGAGGUCGACUGCGUACUCACCACUGGCGAGCUCGACAAGCUCAUGCUCGACGAAGGCUUCGACAUUUGUGCUCCCGUUCCUGGCGAGCAAGAGGCUUUGCAACAGUCUAUCGCUGAUCUCAGUCUUCAGAAGGCGCUCAGUGUCACAAACGCAGACGCUGCUGCUGACAAAGUCUCGAUUCUGCCCCGCUUUCCGCAGCUUCUCGAUCAACCGGGAAGCAGCAGCGGCGGAUACCUCUUCAUGCUCAUGCGUGCCGUAUGGUUGGACUGGAUCAGUCAGCAUUGGGAGCAGUUCCCGCAGUCGAUACGCGAUCAGGGGGUUCUGCCUAAACUCGACGUUCGCGUCAUUCGCACCGUCGACUUUACCGAGUACGUCCUUCGUGCGCCAAUGCAGCUCGGAACGGCCCAAGGCUCCACGAUCUUGUUCAGAGGUGCGCAGUGUUACGGUUUCCGCAAUCUGCAGAACCUGGUGCGCAAGUUGCAGAAGCAGACGGGAGCGCGCAAUGCUAAGGGAGCAGCGGGGAGGUUGGUCGACGCAGAUGGGAACGCGCUUUCUGCAGCAGGAAGAGGCAGAGCGAGGGGGAGAGGCAGAGGCGGUAUGGUCAGAAGGGGAAGAGGUGGUGCAGUCGCAGCAGCAGCGGCAGCGGGAGCGGCUGCGAAGAGCAGUCCACUUAAUCCCGAUGCCGAUGCUGCCCCAGUGCAGAUCAGUGCAGCGCAGGAGGAGGAUGAAAGAGGCUACGACUAUGUCGAGGUCAUGGCUUGUCCUUCGGGGUGCGUUAAUGGAGGUGGACAGAUCAGGCCGCCUACGCAGUCCGAGAUCGAGGGAGCGACAAACGGUACGUCUACCGGGGAUACCGAUCCGGAGGGGUACGCAAGGGGAGGAUGGAUCGAGGACCAAAGCAAGGGCAAUGACGACUUCGACUAUAUGCUCAACAACAAGACCUGCUCCAAGAAGGCGGACGAUGUCGAGAUGGAGCAAGAAAAGCCAAUGCAGGGUUGGCAGGGUACGAGCAAGGAAUGGGUGCGUAGGGUGGAAGAGGCGUACUGGCAGGAAUCGAGUGUAGCUCAUACUCCGGUCACUGUUGCAGCCGUCCAAGGUGGUGGUGACGAUUCGGGGGCGACGACGCCGACGCUGGUGGGCAGUGGUGUCAACACACCGCUAUCGAGUGGGAAUGCCAAGUCGAUCCGUGUGGAGGACCAUCAGCGGUUGUUGGAGGCACUGGCCAUGGAGAAACAAGGGAGGACUAAGCAUGGCCAAAAGGACGGGAAAUUGGAGGUGGAAGGUCAAACGGCGUUUGUGGGGGGCGAUACGAUGGCGUACGCUGACGUUUUGGCCGAGUUGGUUGUCGAGGAGCUGUGUACGCUCGCUGCCUCGGAGGGACGUAGCGACCCUGCUACAUCAAGAUCAGAUGAGAAGGUGAGGGCUAAGCUGUUCAGGACGCAGUACAGGGCGGUCCAGGAUGAAGCGGUCAAUGGGCUCGCUGUCCAGUGGUAG